AUGCCUGAGAGCAAGAUCCCCCAGCCGGGUCCUGCCAAACUCAAGCGCAAUGCGGGCCCGGACGAAUGGCUGGAGGCAGCAAAAGACUGCAAGUACCUUUCAGAGCCACACAUGAAACAGCUGUGUGAGAUUGUGAAGGAAUACAUGAUGGAAGAAUCGAAUAUCCAACCCGUCUCUACGCCCGUCACGGUCUGUGGUGAUAUUCACGGUCAAUUCUAUGAUCUCUUGGAGCUUUUCCGUGUUUCGGGAGGCAUGCCAGAUGGAACUGAGCUGGAUUCCCCAAAGACAUCACCCUCUGUGAUCACCUCCGCCGAUAUCGAACCCCCAUCCAGCAUCUCAGACCCCAAAGUUCGCAAGAAGCUUCGCGGCCCUAGUACAAACCCCAACGAUGAGGAUGAGGAUGCAGAAUCAGGUCCACGGAGCCGGUCGGGCAGUGGUACCUCUGCGGAUCUUCAGAUCAACCGCAACUUUGUAUUCCUUGGCGAUUACGUGGACCGCGGAUACUUCAGCUUGGAGACAUUAACACUCUUGCUCUGUCUCAAGGCCAAAUAUCCCGAUCGUGUCACCUUGGUCCGUGGCAACCACGAGUCACGACAAAUUACUCAAGUAUAUGGGUUCUACGAAGAGUGUUUCCAAAAAUAUGGCAGUGCUUCAGUGUGGAAGGCAUGCUGUCAGGUCUUCGAUUUCAUGACAUUGGGGGCGAUCAUUGACGGUAAAGUGCUCUGUGUUCACGGUGGUCUGAGCCCCGAGAUCCGCACGCUGGACCAAGUCCGCGUGGUUGCCCGUGCGCAGGAGAUCCCUCACGAGGGUGCUUUCUGUGAUCUUGUCUGGUCCGACCCCGAUGAUGUCGAGACAUGGGCUGUUAGUCCUCGAGGAGCAGGAUGGCUGUUCGGAGACCGAGUGGCAGAUGAGUUCUGCCAUGUUAACGACCUUUCCUUGAUUGCUCGUGCUCAUCAAUUGGUCAACGAAGGCUACAAAUAUCAUUUCAACAACCAAAAUGUGGUCACCGUCUGGAGUGCGCCAAACUACUGCUACCGCUGUGGUAACUUGGCCUCGGUGUGUGAGAUUGGCGAUGACCUCAAGCCUACCUUCAAGUUGUUUAGCGCAGUUAGCGAUGACCAACGACACGUUCCAACCUCGCGACCGGGCCGGAGCGAGUACUUCUUGUAA